CCACGCCCCGGCCUCACCGUUGCCUCUCCACCACCACCACGCACCGCACGCCACACAAGCACGCGCACCCAUGUCGUUCAGCGACUUGGCGUCCGGCGCCGCCUGCGGGCCCGUCAACGGCCUGCAGGCGCUCGGCAAGCGCUUCGGCGCCGACCGCAGCACGCAGCAGGACCGCAUGGGUGUCGCGGGGCCCUCGGAUGCUCGCAGCGCCUUCCGCUCGGCACCGCACAGCGCCCAGGCAGACGACUUCUUUGCUCAGCAACAGCAGCAGCAGCAACAGCACUCGCAGCAGUCGCAGCAGCAGCAGCACUCGUUCGACUUGGCUCCUCUGGGCCACACACUGCCGUUCGCCGCGCCCAUCGGUCCUUCCGGCGCACAUCUGACGCGUGCAGUGCCCGACUUCAAUGCUGCCUUCCGUGCGCCUGCGGCCGUACAGAGCCGCACGACGCACUCGGCAGGCGGCAGUCGUUGGGCACAUGAGUUCCAACCACAGGCGCAGGCGCCGACGCAGCGGCCACAGCAGCAGCAGCAGCAGCAGCCCAAGUACGCGCAUCCUUCAGCCACGCAUGCCUAUCAGCCACGCUAUGCAGGCAUGGCGGCAGGUGCAUCACACAUGCAGCAUCGAGCCCAGCCGCUGCAGACGCCGCUUCAGAGCAGUGGCGCACAGGACUCAGCGGCGCAGUUCGAUCAGUCGACGUGGGACAACGCAUUCACUUCGUUCGACGUGCCUGCCGCUGUGCCCUCCGCAUCAAGCAGCACGAUGCAGGCGCCCGAAGCACUACUUGGACCUCGCCUAGGUCCCGACACUCGACCUCGUUCGCCCACGCGCACGGAGAUGGACGAGCUGGCGCGCACAGCCGGCCGUCUGGUCGAGACGGUGGAUCACGAGACAUCGGCCAAGUUCAAGUCGAGCCAGUUCCUCAACCUCAUGUCGCGCAUCCGCGACAAGCAGGCGGGCAUUCAAGGACGCGACAUUGUCGACACUCCACCGGGCGCCGCCACAUCGAGCAGCGUCGGCGCGCAGACGCACACGCAUCCGCUGCAGCCGCAGGCGCUCGACAAGGGCAAAGCACGCGCGAUGGAUGCCACGCCCGCCACGGCACAGCAAGAGUACGCACUCAGCCAAUCGCAGCUGCCCUCGCGGCUGCAUGCCAACGCCCAUCGCUUCGGCCAAGCCCUGCGCGGCGGCAACGCGCUGGGUGCGAGCGCGGCACUGCGCAGCGAGAUUGAGGGGCGCCAGGAGCUGGCGGAGAUGUGGGCCGAGGAAGACGCGCGCAGCGAGGCCAUCGAAGCCGAGGCGCGCAGAAAGGCGGAGAUGGCAUUCAGUGGAGAUGGAGGAGACUUGCGCGCCAGGAUGGCAGAGGACGAUGCCGAGGCACGCGAGUAUGCCAAGUUCGCAGGCAUGCGCAGCGCCACUGGCAUUGCGGGUGCCUCGGAGCACGCUCGCGAGUGGGAGGAACGCAUGAACGAGGAGGCGGGCGACUUUGUGGGCAGAGCAUGGGAGGGCAGGAAAGGCAAAGGCGUGCGAGGAGCGCAGCAGGCAGAGUGGGCGCAGCUGCAGGACGACUGGGAAGAUUGGCAAGCCGGCCCCACGGGCCUGCAGCAUGCCGCACGCACGGCUGCUUCCAAGCUGCGCCCCGCCAGUGCCGCUCGAGCGCCGGCGUACAAGUUCCAGCGCGACAAUCCGUACGUCGGCGCCGCGACUCGGACGCACGCUCUGCAUUCCGCCUCCAACCUCUCUGCCGAUCUUCGCACGGUGCUGGAGCGCGAGGCGGCGGUGCAAGCUGAUCCGCGCAACGCUGCGGCAUGGCUCGAGCUCGGCGUCAAGCAGCAGGAGAAUGAACGCGAAGGGCUCGCCAUUGCGGCGCUGCACAAGGCCCUCGAGAUUGACCCGACGAUGCGCGAUGCGUGGCUUGCUCUUGCGGUGAGCUACACGAAUGAGAACGACCGGCCUGCCGCUUUGGAAGCGACGGAGCGCUGGAUCGACUCGCUGGAGCAAUACGCGACCGUCGUGGCUGCGCAUCGAGCCUCUGCCGGCGGCAGCGCGGCGGCGCCGAGUGCCGCGUCGUCUACGUCGCCUCUGGAGCGCCACAUUCGCCUCAUCGACACGCUCAUCGCCAUUGCGCGCCACGGCUCCGAGGCCGAGCACGUCGAUGCCGACAUCCAAGUCGCGCUCGGCGUGCUCUUCAACGCCAGCGAAGACUACGACAAGGCCGUCGACUGCUUCUCGGCCGCGCUCAGCGUGCGCCCCGACGACUGGCUGCUGUACAACCGCCUCGGCGCCACGCUCUCCAACUCGGGCAGGAGCAACGAGGCCAUUGCGUACUAUCAUCACGCCCUCGAGCUGCAGCCGGGCUUUGCGAGAUGUCACUUCAACAUGAGCAUUUCAUGCCUCAACCUCAAGAUGUACAGAGAGGCAGCGUCGCACAUCUACACGGCCCUCACCCUGCAGGCGACGGACGACGCUGCCGCGCAUGCGCCCUCGCCCGACGCCGUCGCAGGCGUGACGUCUGCGGCGCUGUGGGAGACGCUGCGCGUGGCGCUCGAGUUGCUGGAUCGCAGUGACUUGGCCAAUCUGACCAGUCGACGCGACAUCUCCCUCUUCGACCCGGCCGACUUCUUCGCUGAUGAUGCGGAGAUGCACGUCGAGGCGUGAGGUGGCAGCGAGCGGCAGCCCGAGUGGCGAUGCUUGUCCUUAGGGGCGCAAGAAGAGGAGGGGGGGGCUCGGCACAAUGCGAUCGCAUCAGCAAGCC